CACUUUCCAGACUGGGGCCAAGUGUUGCACCGCAUGCUGCUCUGCGUGGCCGGGGCACAGAGGAGUUUGUUCGGCCCGGCUGCCCGGUCUCCAGGCCCCGCUGCCCGGCUCUGCUGGCCCUUCGGGCGGGCGCGGUUGCGGUUCCCCCGCACCCCGCUAACGUUACUGGGCUCAGCGGCUUCGCGGCGACACUUCCAGCGGCUCUGCCCGAGCCCAGGCUCGCACACAGCGUAGCGGCACCGCUCCCCAGCAGGUCCCGGCUGCCCGGCCCGGGGCCUCGGUGAUGCCCAGGGACCGCCCGGUGCAGCCGCGGGGCCCGCGCUCCCUCCCGCCGGGGAAGCUCCGGAAGGCACACUCGCCCUGGUCGAGCCCUCCCGGCCGCUCCGGCGGGAGGCGGGGGCCCGGCUCCUCUCCCCCCGCGGCCCGCGGGGCGGGCCGGGCCGGCGGGCGGCACCUCAGGGCCAGGGCUCCCGCCGGCAGGGGCCCGCCGGGAGCAGCGGGGGCGGGCGGCCGGGGCGGAGCGGCAGCCGGCAUGGGGGCCGGGGCGCUGGCCGUACGCCAAAGCAAAUCAGCUGUGAGAUUGAAGGAGGACAUGAAAAAGAUAGCUGUGUCUCCACUGAACAAGCAGAGGGACACAACCUGUCCAAAGGUGUUUGGUGUGAGUCUUCUGGAGCUCCAGCAGCAGGGACUGAGCAAAAAUGGAAUCCCGAUAGUUGUGUGGAAUAUAGUGGAGUACCUCACCCAGCAUGGUAUGACACAGGAAGGUCUCUUCAGAGUGAAUGGCAGCAUGAAAAUGGUGGAGCAGCUGCGUCUGCAGUACGAGCGGGGGGAGGAGGUGGAACUUGUUAAAGAUGGUGAUGUGUACUCAGCAGCCAGUCUGCUGAAACUGUUCUUAAGAGAGUUGCCAGAUGGAAUUAUCACGUCUGCCUUACAGCCCAGGUUCAUUCAGCUUUACCAGGACUCUAGAAACGACAUGCAGAAGGAAAGUUACUUGAAGGAACUCCUUAAAGAACUGCCUGAUGCUCAUUACUGCUUGCUGAAGUACCUGUGCCAGUUCCUGAUAAAGGUUGCUGAACAUCACGUAGAGAACAGGAUGAAUCUUUGCAAUCUUGCCACUGUAUUUGGACCAAACUGCUUUCACGUGCCCUCUGGAUUUGAAGGGGUAAAGGAACAGGAGAUCUGCAACAAGAUAAUGACAAAAAUGCUGGAAAAUUACAAUACCUUGUUUGAAUUAGAAGGCUUGAAGAAGGAUGAAGAAAAGCCUGUAUGUGAAGAGCUAGCAAAAAUAAUUUUGGUAAAAAUGACCAAACCCCCAACGGAACAAUCCAGCCAAAUGUGCCUAUUGCCACAACCAGGCCAGUCAGACGGAAUGCCUCAUGUCAGCCUCCCAUUAACAGGCAGUGGUUCAUGUGGGAAGGAGAUGGAUUUAGCAGAUGAAAUCUCCUUUGUUAAUAAUGACGUGUUUUUCUCCAGGCCCAGAACCAACUGGACAUCAGAAGCCGCAACCUGUGCUUGCCGGGCCCGGUGGGGCGAGCAGGGACAGGGGCCGCGGCGGGUGUCGCAGCUGGGGGCCGGGCCCGAGCUCUCGGGCUGGGGCGGGCCGUCGUCAGCCGCCAACCCGGGCCCGGCGGCCCCUUCGCCCCUCCCCGGGGCCGGGCGCUCCCCGCGGCGAGGCGCUGGCGGCGCUGCGGGCGCGGCGAGAGGCGCGGCGGGCAGCCGGGCGGGCAGCGGCUCCAUGGCCAGCAUGGCGUGCGAGGUGAUGCCCCUGCAGAGCUCCCAAGAAGAUGAGCGGCCUAUGUCACCCUUCUACGUGAGGUAUUUAGAGAAGACAAUCCGCUCAGCCGUGGAGCAGCAUCUCUUUGAUGUUCAUGGCUCAGGCGGCCAGAGUUCAGAGGACUCUGAAUCCGGGACGUCUUCAGCCUCUUCUAAUGUGUCUGCCAGGCAGAGGAGGCGACACCACAAAGAGCAGGAGGAAGCCUGGAGAAACAGAGACAUGGAAGUUGUCAACAAGGAGAAUAUUCCCUCUGGAUUCAGCAGUCUUGAAGAUUGUAUUCUAGCUGCUCAAGAUGUAGAAAAAUUACAAGACACCAGCUCGGGAUACCUUAGUGAAAGGAAUAAAUCAAAACGGCAGAAAUCCAGCACCAAGCUCUCAGAACUUAAUGAUAACCAGGACAGUCCUGUGAGUAUGGAAAGCUUUAGCUCAUCCAAGCCUAUAGACAGAACAGGACCUGAUGACAUGGAAAUUUUAUCUGCAGAAAGCAAAGAAAGUGAAAACGAUGAGGUUUUUUUCAGGCAUUCUCAGCUGACUUCAAGUAUGAAGAUUCAAGAACAUCCAAGCAUGCCUGAAAACAAGUUGCAAAGAAAUCAAGAUGCUGAUGAUCAGGAAAGCAGCUUUGUAUCCGAAGUGCCUCGGCUGGAUUUAACAUCACUGUGCAAUGACAACAACUGGGAAGAGCCCAUCCCUGCUCUCUCCUCAUGGCAGCGAGACGGCUUAGACUCAGAUGAGGCUCGCCUUUCCCCGCAGGCCGGGCGCUUGAUUCGCCAGCUUCUGGAUGAGGACAGCGAUCCCAUGCUGUCCCCUCGCUUCUAUGCCUACGGACAGAGCCAGCAGUACCUGGAUGACCCAGAAGUGCCUCCUUCUCCUCCCAAUUCUCAUUCCUUCAUGAGGAGACGGAGUUCAUCUUUAGGAUCUUAUGAAGAUGACAGAGAAGACCUUACCCCUGCACAACUCACCCGGAGGAUUCAAGGGCUGAAGAAAAAGAUCAGAAGAUUUGAGGACAAAUUUGAAGAGGAGAGAAAAUAUAGACCUUCCCACAGUGACAAAGCAGCCAACCCUGAAGUGCUCAAAUGGACAAAUGAUUUGGCCAAAUUCCGAAAGCAACUUAAAGAGUCAAAACUGAAGAUCUCAGAGGAAGACCUUGGCCCUGUUGUGCGUCAGCGCAGCAACACGCUCCCCAAGAGCUUCGGCUCUCAGCUGGAGAAGGAGGAUGACAAGAAGCAAGACCUGUCAGAUAAAUCUGCCAAGCCAGCCGUGGAAGUGACCCUUGACUCCAUCCAGAAGAAGCUUCAAGAGAAACGAGCAGAGACAAAUCGACCUGAAGACAUUAAGGACAUGACACGAGAUCAGAUAGCAGCUGAAAAAGUGGCUCUUCAGAAGGCUUUGCUCUCUUAUGAAGGCAUUCAUGGCAGACCGGUUACCAAAAAUGAGCGGCAGGUGAUGAAGCCGUUGUAUGACAGGUAUCGCUUGGUCAAACAGAUCCUCUCCAGAGCCAACACCAUCCCUAUUAUUGGUUCCCCCUCCAGCAAGCGGAGAAGCCCUUUGCUGCAGCCAAUUAUCGAGGGCGAAACAGCUUCCUUCUUCAAGGAGAUAAAGGAAGAAGAGGAGGGGUCUGAGGAGGACAGCAACGUGAAGCCGGAUCUCACAAUUACCAUAAAAACAGAUUUCAGUGUGCGCAGCCUCUUGGAUCAACUAGAAGAUGAUGCUGAUGGCUUUGUUUCCCCAGUGGAUGAUAAGAUUCCAUCUAGGAGCAAUCAGGAUAUGGGGCUCUCAAAUCUCCAUGAAGCAUCCAUCCCUGAACUGUUAGAACAGCUCCAAGAAGUCAGAGAAGAGAAAAAGCGAAUCAGAAAAAAAUUGAGAGACUUUGAAGAUAACUUUUUCCGACAAAAUGGAAGGAAUGUGCAGAAAGAAGACCGCACUCCCAUGGCUGAAGAGUACAAUGAAUACAAGCAGGUUAAGGCCAAGCUGAAGCUGCUGGAAGUCCUGAUCAGUAAGAGAGAUACUAGCUCCAAGAUCAUGUAAAAAAGGAGAUUGUUUUUGCCAAUAAACGAAGAGGAGAGAGCAUCAAACGGACAAAUGCAUGAAGUGGAUGCAGCUGGAGCCUGACUGGGAGAGCUGAGGAGCUCCCUGGGAACUGAAGGGUCAUUCCCAGAGGUGGGAGAGGGAGGAAAUGUGGAUCUCUGUAACUCUCUACAUUUGCUGUUGCCCACUGUUUCUCCAGGCCUGAUGCCCAAAAUGGAGUUUGCCAGUGUAGGAGACAACACUGCGCUCAGUGACUGCACUGAAGGGAUUCUUCUGUAUUGAAUUGCUUACAGAUCCUGUAAUGUUUAGAAUAUCAAAGCCAGCCAUGCUGUUCCUUUUUCCCAGGAUAUUAUAGCAAGAGGCAAAAUAGGAUUAAUAAUAAUGAAAUCAUCAAAUGGCUUCUACUUGAGUUGAACAGACACGUGCCCUGACCAAUCUCAUGUUAGGGCACAGGUCAGGCAGCACCAAGACUGUUCUCUUGUAGCUACAGUAAAGAUUUGCUCAGACUUUUGACUGGUUUGGAGUCCAGCAUCGUCUGUUGCUCUAGAGAAAUGCUGUAAUGAUCUCCUGGUCAUCAGCCAGAGCUGGUGUCAGUUGCAGUUUUGCCCAGGCUUGAGUUGGGUUUUCUUCCCAUAUUUUUGAUGGGCAAUUCAACCGAAGUAGAAGGAAGUACCUGCAUGUUUGGGAUGGUAAAGAAAAUGAACCAUGGCGCCAAGGUUCUUACCAGCUUGUUCUGCUUGGAGGGUGAUACUGAGUCCUGACCACGUUUGGGCAACAGGGAAGAGGUUUUAAAAGCUUUAAGUCAGAAUCCCUUGGGAUUUUUGGUGGUUGGUGAAAUAUCUGGUGUCAAAUAUAGGGUAAAUAUCUGGAAGACCCACCCCAUGAGUGUGCUUCAUUGUGAUACAGACACCUGAGCCCAAGCUGAACAGUCCACACCGGGGUCCCACAAACUCACUCACCUAAAUUUUCUUCUUUUGUGUGCAUCACUCUUGUGUGGGGUGCAGUAGCAGCACUUAUGGUGGCAGCGGAGGAUGGGCUUUUCUUCCCAGUGUAGGAGGUAUGGCAGUACACAGGACACCACAGGAAACUGAGAGCAUGGAGCUGUGCUCUGUCUGUGGAAAGGGCACCUGUCUCGAGUGCAGGCUUUGACAAUUUACUGCUUCCAAAAUUGUUUAUGACUUUCAGAAAAGAAAGUCCUGGGACACCUGAUUCAGGUAUGUCUCAGUUUGAAAGACAGGCAUCUGCCAAGAAAGGCGGGAGCCUCCCUUGGAAUGUAAAAUGUAAACCCCCUCCCUCCGAAUUAUUAUAAUUUUUGAAAUUAAGGGGCUCUCAGGCAAAGAUAUGAGGAUAAGGAUAACAGAUCUUUACUAGUGUGUAUAAUAAAGCAAACAAACAACAACAACACAGCAUUAACACCAAACAGAACCCAGUCCCAGCCCCUCUCUCAGCCGUAGGCACUUUCCCACUGGGUGCAGUUCUGGGCACAGCCAGCAGGGGCGCUGCUGGCUCCCGGCGGGGCGGGGCGGUGCAGUGAUUCCUCCAUGGCUGUAGGGGCGCUGUGGCACAGGCUCAGGGAGCGCAUGGUGAUGGUGGCUCGGCCCAGACGGGAAGGGAGGGAAGAGAGGCUUUGCUCCACAGACCCUGGGGCAGCCGGUCCGAUUGCCCCAGCAGGACUCUCAGAAAACAAUGAGUAAAACAAUCCUGGGGUGGUAGAGGAGAUGUAUCAGAAGCUAUUCCAGAGCUGUGGCUGGAACUGCAGGAUGCCUGGGCAGGCAGGGGCUGCGGGGCUACAACGCAGCGAGAACUCGGAGCAGUGCCAAAGAAGCAGCGAGGGUGGGACAGAGGUGGCCCAGCUCCCAGCAGGGCAGAGAGGGGCGAGCUCAGGAUCCCAGGCACCCGAGCAGAUGGGGAGAGGUGUCUCAUUUAGUGAGGUGGGUGUUAAUAAGGUCCCAGUUCAGUGGCUGCUCUCGCAAGCAGAGGCUCACCCCAGAAAUGAAGAAGCAUUCAGGGCUGGGAUCUGGCGGUGACAGUGAAUCCUCCCUGCAGUCAGCAACAGCUUGAUCAUCCUCUGAUGCUGAGAGGGAGAGAUGGAGACCAGCCACUGCCCCCACCCCUUUACUUGCACAAUUCUCAGGGUAUCUCCACCCCUUGGAGAGAAAUCCCUCCAGAUACCUGAGCUUGGCCGCUUUCUUUUUCUUAAGUACCAUAAGUAUCCAGUAGUUAAUGCUUCUUAGCAACUUAUGGGAGAAAUUCUGUAGGUAAGAAGGAACAAAAGAAAAUUAACCUAAGCUCCAGCAAGGUGCUCACGUCAAACAGGUGCUGCCUGAAGGAGAGGAAGGCCCCAAGUUCAGGGACACCAUGUCACUGAGGGCUCACGGUUCCACCAUCCUGGGACUCCUGGGCUCUCUCUCCCAUUCCAGAGGCUUAUGUGCACCCCUUGGUCUGCCCUGAGCCAGGGUCUACUGUGACACCCAAGGGAAGGCACUUCUGUAAUGGUUUCUUCAGCUCCCCGGGGGAAUCAUUGCCAAUGUACAGAAGCCAAAUAACCAAGAUGAAAUCCAGUGUUGGUUGUAGCCAGGCCUCAUGCAUGUCACACCAGAGGAGCCAAAAGGACUCCCAGAACAACUUCUCCCCCUUCCUUCUUCAUUGAGGGCAAGUGGGUUCACGAAUAGUUGUAUUUAGUUUGUGGUACUUAUGUAAGGGUACUUUAUCCCCUUUCACUUGCUAUGUGUGCUGUGUGUGUUCUUGCCAAAAUUGCUUCUAUUUUGGUCUCUUCAGGAUCCCUUGGAUUCUUACAAACGUGGUCAUGGGCUGCACGUGCCCUUUGCUAAUCAGGGUGGGUGUCCUGGUUUAGGGCAAAUUGCCCCAGCUGGUUCAGGAAAAGAUGUCCUUGGAGAAAAGUGGAAAAAAACUGUUUAUUUAACAAGCAAGGCAUCAACAAACAUGAAAAAUGAACAAUGAACGAUACCAAACAAUAAAACCUCUUGUUGUUCUGAA